AUGACAGGCUCCUCAAACUCCUUUGCGGCUAGUGCUGGUUGGCUAAGCAGCCGGAAAGACACAGAAACGUCGGUAAACAGAGGUGACACCGAACCUGAUACCUCCAGCGACAGCGACAAGGACAUCUUUGUGCCAACUAUCUUGAGGAACCAGCAACGCCAGAGUCAGGAUCCGCACCACGUCAACGAUCUCGCCAGAGACAUAAGCCUGUCUAACGCGUUCCAACGGUCCUCGGGAAACGGGGCAGUCCAAGGCGCGUCAACGACCUCCGGGCAGCAGAAUCAGCACCAGCAAUCCAUCGAUAGUAAUAUUGUGAGUUCCUGGGCCGUUGCCUUCGGAUCUUCAGUACAUGUCCAGGAGGGCCACGCCCAGACGAAUCAGAUCGGAGACUGCCAUUUUGACAAAGGUUGUGACACUUCCGUAUCGACCCGUCCCCCUUAUAAACCAUUUGGCCAGAGAAGAGCGACUCGGCCCAAUUCUAUCAACUUUCGGAAAUCUAUCAGAGGCCGACAGGAUAGCAAUGUUCGUACACAUGAUGCUGAUGGGGACGUUAUCAUGAGGGAUGCUUCUUGA